GAAGUCACUUGUAGUUUCGCGGGUUUUGUAAAUUUUUUUAUUAGUUUGUUAAUUUAGGGUCAAUAUUUAUAAAAAUAUAUGAAUUUAUUAAAAUAAAUCAUGUCUAAGUGGCAUAAAUUACCAUGCAGUUUUAGAGAGCUCCAAUUAAUUGGUACAUUAAAUGGUGGUCAAAGUUUUAGGUGGACACACGACGAAAGUAACAAUGAAUGGAUUGGUGUUUUUGCAAAAACGGUAUGGAAAUUAAAACAACAAGACGAUUAUUUAAAUUAUCAAAUAAUUGGAACCUUACAUCCGUCGGCAGCAAACGCAAAAAUUGAUAAUGUAAAUUUUGGGGAGCUUCUAGAAAAAUAUUUUCGCCUUGAUUUGAACCUAGCCAAAUACUAUCAAGAAUGGUCUUCAAAAGAUGAACUGUUUAAAUCGGCAUGUGUACAAUUCUUUGGGAUAAGAAUUUUAAAUCAAGAACCAGUAGAAAACUUAUUUUCAUUUAUUUGUAGUCAAAACAAUCAUAUAUCGAGAAUUUCAUCAUUGGUUGAAAAGCUUUGUACGCAUUAUGGUGAAGAAAUAUGUACACAUAAUGAAAUCACAUAUUAUUCCUUCCCAGUUGUUGAAAAACUUGCUCAAGCAGAGGUAGAAUGUAAUUUAAGAAAACUGGGUUUUGGCUAUAGAGCAAAAUUUAUACAUAAGGCGGCAACACAGAUUGUUGAAUGGGGUGGAGAAGAAUGGUUCAAAACUUUGAAAGAUAUGAAAUAUAAAGAAGCCAGACAAGAAUUGAUGAAAUUAUAUGGAAUAGGACCCAAGGUUGCAGAUUGCAUAUGCCUGAUGUCACUUAAUCAUUUAGAAGCACUUCCAGUUGACACACAUGUGUAUCAAAUAGCUGCACAAAAUUAUUUGCCUCAUCUCAGAGGAAAGAAAAAUAUUAGUGAAAAGAUGUAUGUUGAGAUUGGGGACCAUUUUAGGAAAUUAUAUGGAGAUAUGGCAGGAUGGGCUCAUACAGUACUAUUUUGUGCAGAUUUGAAGAAAUUCCAACAAAAUAAUGGCAAUGAAUCCUGUGAAAGUCAGCUAAAGAAGAAGAGAAAAAAAUAAAAAAAACAGAGUGAUAGUUGUAAAUUUGAUUAUAUGUAUUUUUCAAAAUAAUAUGUUCUUUGAUUUGAU